AUGUUCAAUAUAUCGAAAACUCUUAUUAAUUUAUCGAAACGAUUACCAAUAUAUAGUGCUUGCCGUUUCAUAUUUAUUCAAUGGAACGAGACACCAAAUCCAAACAGUCGUAAGUUUAUUCCUGGCAGGUCUGUUCUCGGCAAUGGAACAAUGGAUUUUCCAACCAAACAGAGCACAGUUAACUCACCUUUAGCCAGAAAUCUGUUUCAUAUUGAUGGAGUUUCCGGCGUUCUAUUGGGUUCUGAUUUUGUUACUGUCACCAAAUCUACUGAUGCAGAAUGGGCAACCCUUAAUCCUGAUAUUUUUGCUUGCUUAAUGGACUUUUUUGCGACCGGAUCGCCCGUUGUUAAUGGGCCUCCUGAAGUAGUAGAAGCUGACGAAGAUGAGGAUGCAACUGUCACCAUGAUUAAGGAGCUUCUUGAUACCAGAAUUCGUCCUACUGUGCAAGAAGAUGGAGGUGAUAUUAUUUAUGUUGAUUUCAAAGAUGGAGUAGUUUAUCUAAAAAUGCAGGGCUCCUGUACAAGUUGUCCCAGCUCUAUCGUCACUCUUAAGCACGGCGUGCAAAACAUGCUCCAAUUCUACAUCCCUGAGGUUGAGAGUGUAGAACAAGUCGAAGCGGAUCCAAUUUCUCAAGAGGCUUUUGAUAAAAUGGAAGCUGAAAUUGCUGCCAAAAAUGAGGCAAUGGGGGAACAAACCGCCAAGAAUACUGGUAGUACUACUACUACUACUACUAGUAGCAGUAAAGAAUCUGCAAAGAAUUAA